AUGUUACUUUUCAGACGCGUUCGACGCUACACCAGAAUUCAAAACCAUCUUCGUACUGCCUGUUGGGUGUCGUGUUAUGUGUUUCUUAUUGUUAUGCUGGUGACACCACUUAGGAAUAUACUUGUACCAUACUGGCCGCGUGUAUACAGGGACAUGAGCACGUUCAAG